AUGGCAGCCUGUAUCUUCUGCAAGAUUGUGAAAGGAGAGAUUCCGUCCUUCAAACUAUUCGAGUCCGACAAGGUCCUGGCGUUCCUCGACAUCCAGCCCUUGAGCAAAGGCCAUGCUCUCGUGAUUCCAAAACAGCACGGUGAGAAGCUGGUCGACAUCGGCGACGACGCCUUGGCCGAGAUCCUGCCCGUGGUCAAGAAACUCGCCGCCGCCAGCGGGGCCGAGAACUACAACGUGCUGCAGAACAACGGGCGCCUCGCCCACCAAGAGGUCGGACACGUGCAUUUCCACAUGAUCCCCAAGCCGAACGCGACUGAGGGCCUGGGAAUCGGCUGGCCUAUGGGCCCGACCGACAUGGAGGCUCUGAAAAAGCUGCAUGCUGAGCUGAAGGCGAAGAUGUAG